CACAUUCACAACACUUCGUCACGCCAAAGCUAAGCAUAUCCUUUUUCAUAUUCUAUUUCAUAACCACUAUUUAUAUGCCUCUAUAUUAACGUCUUCUUCCUCCUCCAGAUCUCAUUAUAAUACAUUUCUUACCCUUCUUUAAACAUAUACACCUGUUUUAAUGAAGUUCGGUAAGAGGAUUAAGGAGCAGAUACAGGAGUCGUUGCCGGAGUGGCGCGACAAGUUUUUGCGUUACAAAGAACUCAAGAAUCUGAUCUCUUCUCCUGCUCCAGCUGAAUCUAUCUUCGUCUGUUUGUUGAACGCCGAGAUUGAGAAGUUUAAUGCUUUCUUCGUCGAGCAAGAAGAAGAUUUCAUCAUCCACCAUAAGGAAUUGCAAUAUCGGAUUCAGAGAUUGGUAGAAAAAUGUGGAGACAAUGAUGAUGUAAUGUUCAGAGAAGAGAUUGGUGAGAUCAGAAAGGAUAUUGUUAACUUCCAUGGGGAGAUGGUACUUCUCGUUAAUUACAGCAACAUAAACUACACUGGGUUAGCAAAGAUCCUGAAGAAGUACGACAAGAGAACAGGAGGAGCAUUGCGAUCGCCGUUUAUCCAAAAAGUUCUUCGUCAACCGUUUUUCAAGACUGAUCUGGUGUCGAGGCUUGUAAGAGAGUGGGAGACGACGAUGGACGCGAUGUUUCCGGCGCUGACUAGGGAGGUGGAGGGAUACGAGAGAUCUGCGGCGGUAAGUUCGGCUGCGGCGGGAGAAGGGAUAUUUAGGAAUACGGUUGCGGCGUUGAUGACGAUGAGAGAGAUGAGAAGAGGGAGUUCUACUUACGGUGCUUACUCGCUUCCGCCGCUUAAUCUUUCUGAUUCCGAUCUUGUUUUACGGCCGGUCCACGUCCCUUCUCCGAUACCUAUUCCUUAUUGAUAAAUCUUUAUAGAUAUUUAAUCACACGGGAAAUGGACUUAUCAUAAUAUUUGUAUUUUUUCGUUUGACUUACCCUAAAUCACAUUGAAAAUGGCAUUAUCUUAA